AUGUCUAAGAUCCAAGUUAAGACACCUGUCGUUGAGAUGGAUGGUGACGAAAUGACCAGGAUCAUUUGGGAAUUCAUUAAGGAUAAGUUGAUCUUUCCUUAUUUAGAUAUCAACUUGGAGUACUAUGAUUUAGGCAUUGAGUACAGAGAUAAGACCGAUGAUCAAGUGACUGUUGAUGCUGCUAAUGCCAUUUUGAAACAUGGUGUUGGUAUCAAAUGUGCUACAAUCACUCCUGACGAGGCAAGAGUUAAGGAAUUUAACUUGAAGAAGAUGUGGUUAUCACCAAAUGGUACCUUAAGAAAUAUCUUGGGUGGUACGGUAUUCAGGGAACCUAUUGUCAUUGAAAACAUUCCUAGAAUUGUUCCUAGUUGGGAAAAGCCUAUCAUCAUUGGUAGACAUGCCUUUGGGGAUCAAUAUAAGGCUACUGAUAUUGUAGUUCCUAGUGCUGGUCAAUUGACAUUGGUGUUUAAACCAGACGAUGGCUCUACUCCUCAAGAAUACCCAGUGUACCAUUUUGACGAUGCUGGCGUUGCCAUGUCUAUGUAUAACACUGAUAAAUCUAUUACCGAUUUUGCUCAUUCAUCAUUCAAAUUGGCCAUUGACCGUAAGUUGAACUUGUUUUCCACGACCAAGAAUACCAUUUUGAAGAGAUAUGAUGGUAGAUUCAAAGAUAUCUUUGAGGAAUUGUAUGCUUCUACAUACAAGGCUGAAAUGGAUAAGGUGGGAAUUUGGUUUGAACACAGAUUAAUCGAUGAUAUGGUUGCGCAAAUGUUAAAAUCAAAAGGUGGCUACAUCAUUGCUAUGAAGAACUACGAUGGGGAUGUGCAAUCUGAUAUUGUUGCCCAAGGAUUUGGAUCUUUGGGCUUAAUGACAUCUGUAUUGAUGACUCCAGAUGGGAAGGCUUUUGAAUCUGAAGCUGCUCAUGGAACCGUCACAAGACAUUACAGACAACAUCAACAGGGGAAGGAGACAUCCACCAAUUCCAUUGCUUCAAUAUUUGCAUGGACCAGAGGGUUGAUCCAAAGAGGUAAGUUGGAUGGUACACCUGACGUGGUUAAAUUUGGUGAAAACUUGGAAGCUGCUGUUAUCGAUACAGUUGCUAAGGAUAACAUUAUGACUAAAGAUUUGGCCCUAACUCAAGGUAAGACAGACAGAGCCAGUUAUGUUACCACUGAAGAAUUCAUUGAUGCUGUCAAAGCCAGAUUGGAUAAGAACUUGGCUGCUUAA